CCCGUCCCGUCCCGUCCCAGUCCGUCUCGUCCCGCCAGGAGACCAGAGCCAUGCUGCACUGGGGAUACGACGAGCACAACGGGCCUGCCCACUGGAAGGAGGUAUUUCCUAUUGCUAAUGGAGACCGUCAGUCACCCAUCGACAUCAAAACUGAGGAAACCAAGUAUGAUCCCUCUCUUCGUCCUCUAAAUCCGAAUUACGAUCCAGCUUCUGCUAAAAUCAUCCUUAACAAUGGGCACUCUACCAGUGUGGAGUUUGAUGACACCGUCAACAAAUCAGUGCUGACUGGGGGGCCACUCAGUGGGACCUACAGGCUGCGCCAGAUUCACUUCCAUUGGGGAUCCAACGAUGAAGCUGGCUCUGAGCACGCAGUGGACGGGAUGAAGUACGCCGCAGAGCUUCAUGUGGUCCACUGGAACUCGGAAAAAUACUCCAGUUUUGUUGAGGCAGCUCGUCAGUCAGAUGGAUUAGCAGUCAUGGCUGUAUUUCUGAAGAUUGGUGAAUGUAACCCUCAGCUGAAGAAGAUUACAGACCGCUUGGACACCAUCAGAAUCAAGGGUAAAAAAGCACUAUUCACAAACUUUGAUCCUAGCUGUCUGCUUCCCAAGUCCCUGGACUACUGGACUUAUUUUGGCUCUCUCACUGUUCCACCUCUUCUUGAGAGUGUCAUAUGGAUUGUUCUGAGAGAGCCCAUAAGUGUUUGCUCUGACCAGCUAGCCAAAUUCCGCAGCCUCCUGAGCACUGCUGAGGAUGAGGUUGCUUGCUGCUUGCUGAGAAACUACCGGCCUCCCCAGCCUUUAAAGGGACGAGAAGUCAGAAGGAAUUAAAGAAGUAAAGCCGGAGUGGUCUCCCUCUGAAACCGAAGGCUGAAUUAAUAGUUACCAUACUAUGUGAUUUUUAAAUAUUUUUUGUGAGUUGUUUUAUCAAAUAGGUAUUGUUUUAUUACUGAUUACCAUGCAGCCACUUCUCACAGAGAAGUAUGUCCUGAGUUGUUGCGGGUUCAUCAAUGUGAACAAGUCUGACUGUGUUUGAGUGUGUUGGUUUGGGAGCACGGAGGUGUUAGCGUUGCAUGCACAGAGGGCCGUGCUAAGUGUCAGGGUCAGAUGUGGGGAAGGAGAUGUCCAGACUUUGCCACCACAUUACUUAACAGGAUCCCUGAUAUUAAUGGCAGGAAGGGAUUUUCUGGGAUUAUUCUUCUGGUCUCUGACAUAACAUUUAGCUUCUAUGUAAGACUUCCCACAGUAAUUUUCAAGAAAAAAAAUAUUAAAGGCUGAUAUAAUUUCAUUGCUGACUUCUGCAAUGCCAUACUUACCUCCUAGAAAAAGCAGUAAAGACUAAUAGCGUUUAAGUAAAACAGGUAUUUAUGCCAGCCUGUUAUUUGGACUGUUAUUUGGUAGCAGUAAUGAUGUACUGAUUGAUUCUUUUUUUUAAAAAAAAAGCAAAUAGUAAGGAUUUAGUAUAUUGCAGGAUGGUAUCACGUGGAUUAGGGAUUCCUGAGUUCCACCACAUAUAGGGAUGAAAUUGUCCUGAAAACUGCAAACUGCAAUGUGGAAGGGCACAUAGUGAACUGUUCCUAAAUCCAGUCUGUUGCACUUGGGGAACAAUAAGGGAUUGUAACACUAUAUCCACGUAGAUCAGACUCCUACCACUUAAAAUCAAGAGGCAGCGGUACCUGUUGCUUCAGACUUUUUCCUACUAGACACUAUGCACACUCCUGUGAGAAACACACACUGUAUACCUCGUGCUCUGCAGUGGAGCUCAGCACUACUCAGGUAUGUAAUGCUUCCUAGGUACUGGCUGAUGUUCUGCUGUCAUAGCUGAACUUAAUGGGCUGCAUUUAUAUUCCAAGACCAAAGACAGCAGUUAGAGCAAACCAAAGAAAUCAGAAUCAAUUUAAUAUCUUGUGAAUGAUCAGCCCUCAAUAACAAUGUGUUGAAAUUUCUGUCUUUAUAAAUAGAUUUGAGCCUGUGUUUCUCUCAGGAACUUUUGUUAUCUGAAUAUAAUAGUUUGUUUUAUUUUUAAUCAACUGGCCAUAGGAUGUAGCUUAGUAUAGGAUUAGAUUUGCCCUCAGACUGUGAGAACUAACUACAUAGUGAAAACCAGUGAUACUGAAAAGGGAAGCUAGAGGUUUCAUGGGCAGCAACUACCAUCAAUCUCUGUAGUACUUCUGGUCAGCUCAUCUUCCAUGACUGCUCACCAUUCAUUUGUUUUUUAAUAGGUUUUAUAGGCUGUGCCUUUUACCUCAACAGGUCUUUUUAUCUUAGAUGGACAAACAUGAGGGAAAUCACAAUCAGGAUUGACUAUAUACCUUCUUGUAACUGAAUAAAUUAGAUUUUUAUAUAUAUAUUUUAUAGCUUAGUUUAAGAUAGUUGGAUUUUUUGUUUGUUUUCUGCUCCCCAGAAUAUAGCUAUUAUUGCUGCAAAACCUCUCAAUGCCUUCUGAAUGUUUUCUGUAGGAAAGAAUACAAAUAGGAGAAAUAAAAAGCAUUUGGCUGCA